UCACCGUUUCUUUUAGAAGAGAUUCGUGGAGUAGUUCUCAGUUGAAUCGAGCCGUUCGCUGCGGAUAGGGCGAACAGAAAGUUGAGAUGGUCCAUUUAAAGGGGACACCACUUUGAAGGACUGAACAAUUGCUAAUCUAUAAAGCAUAGCGGAAAAAGACGGAGCCGAUUAACAAAGAGGACCUUGAAAAUCGAAGAUCAAGAGUAUUCCAUACCCCCACCACGCCUUAGUUGAUACUUAGGCGAGAGUAGCAACCUGUGAACGCAGUGGCUGUUGGUGCCCCUUCCUAGAUGGAGUCCGGGGAAGGUCCAAUCCUUGGACACUUUCAUAUAAAUGAAGGUUGAUCGCUGCCUCGUUCCGCAUUUAACGCUCCAUCCCUCGUACCUGAAGGGAUCGGUGCACACAUAAUCACACACAUACACGCAUCCGUAUUCAAACGUUUCUCCUGUUCCAUCCCAAGUGUACCGUGCAUCGAAUUUCUAGUGAUUCCUAGCAGCCCUCGAAUUUUUUAAGAGCAACAGGAACUGAUAAGAGACUACUAGAUAACGUUUCAACUCGUUCUCCUCAUCCUCCACAGGCGCACAACAGUCAUUUACAGCGUAACCGCUAUAUAUAGAAUGUCCUGUAACGAGUGACUGGCACAUCACCUAUGGAUUUACCACUUAAAUCAAGACACACGAUGUUGAGCACGGUAUUCCAGAAAUUGCAAUUCCUGUACAAACCGUACGCAUUGGCGAUCGUUUCAAUCGGAUACGUACUUGGAGAGCUAGGUCAUUAUUUAAUUGGUGUAACGAGCAAAGAGACAGCGGAAGAUCUACACUACGGUGACAUUUCCUGCCAAUUAAACUCGACCACGCUGGCCCUCGUAGAUCUUCCCAUUCAAUGCGAGGCGGCACACAACCAAAGCUUCUGCGAGUCCCUGGAAUUGAACGGUUCCCGCUACUGUGAAUGGAACUACAAUGGCCUUGGUCUGGACUAUCAAAUCUUGGCUGGCCCGAGUUUUAUCGCCGUGUUCACGAUCGUUGGCGUUUGCUUGGGUGUAGCUGCCGAUAAAUACAACAGGGUGAGGUUGUUAACCAUUUGCACCUUCAUAUUCAGCAUCGCCAUCGUCCUGAUGGGAGCAGUGAAGGAGUACUGGCAAUUGGUCAUUCUUCGCAUGGUAUUAGCUGCUGGGGAGGCAGGAUGCAAUCCGUUGGCGACUGGUUUACUUUCUGAUUGGUUCCCCGAAGAACAGCGAGGGCUCGUCAUGUCGAUUUUCAAUUGGGGCAUCUACGGUGGUUAUGGUAUCGCAUUUCCGGUUGGUCGUUACAUACCCAAACUCAACAUCGGAAAUUUGGGAUGGAGAGCGUGCUACUACGGGGCUGGCAUAAUCGGACUGAUCGUAGGUGUCUUCACUUUCACCCUAUCCGAGCCAGAGAGAAAGACGAUCGGCGAGGAGGAAACGAGUAAAGACGGGAAGAAAAUACCGAUCUGGAAAGUGAUACUGCAACCGAGGAUCGUUCUUUUGUGCUUGGCCGCCAGCAUCAGACAUUGCGGUGGCAUGUGCUUCGCCUACAAUUGCGACCUCUACUACAGGGAAUACUUCCCAGACUAUGACCUGGGUUGGUGGUUGUUCGCCGUGACCAUUGUGAUCGGCAGCAUCGGUGUCGUGGUCGGUGGAGUAAUCAGCGAUAAGAUCGUCGCUAAGAUGGGAAUCAGAUCUCGAGUCGCUUGCCUGGCCAUCAGUCAGAUAAUAGCGACACCCUUUGCGUUUGGCUCGGUGUACUUCACUCCCCUGUGGGCGAUGAUCACCCUUGGGAUUUCUUACUUCUUUGCUGAAAUGUGGUUUGGCAUAGUGUUCGCCGUAGUCGUGGAAAUAGUCCCCCUACAUUUUAGGUCCACCACUAUUGGUGCUUUCUUAUUUGUCAUGAACAACAUCGGUGGAAACUUGCCAAUACUGGUGGAACCUACUAGGAUGGCCAUUGGUUACAGAGAGUCUCUUUACAUCUUCUAUGCUGGAUUUUAUGGCAUCAGUUCCAUCAUGUUCUUCUUCACCAUGUUCCUAAUGGAAGGUUCCAAGGAAGACACAAGCAGCGAAGCCACUACAAAACCAGAAGUAGGAUAUGACAAUACUAUGUUCACCAGCGACGAUGGAAGUGCACCACCUAUAGAACUCCCAAGAUUAUACCCACAGCCGCCGUAUCGUUUCGAGAAUUCUAGGUUAUAAAAUAAAUGAUCAUGAUUUAUCAAUUGUACAUAGCACUCAGAAGUAUCCGUGAGUUGUCUGCAUAGAAAUAUUAUAGAUAGAGCAGGGGAGACAGCCCUUGUCUGUAAGUGAAAAUGCCUCGUUGGAAAUGAGGAUAUCCCAUCCUAUGAUGCCAGCGUUGCUUCCAAAUCGCGCAUGCGCGACGUUCAAAGCUGAGCGCACAUUACUGUAGCUAUAGAAAACGAUGCGCGGUCUCAAUUAUUUUAUACUUCUAUCAUUUUUUUGGGAUGACUAAGGACGCCAGUUUUAUAAUAAAGUCCCCUACUCUAUCUAUAAUAUCUCUGUGCUUGUCUGCUGUGACGCCAAAAUUGGAAGCAACACUGGCAUCACAACUUGCCUGUCGUAGUAAUGCCAGUUAUAGAUUGCUCUCUGUACCUCGAGUAAAAGACUACGCAUUGCAUAAGUUUUCUGAAACGAUAAUUAUAGCAAGCAUCUAACCAAACGAAUUACUCAUAAUAAUUAUUGAAUUGUAGCAUUUGAUAUGGUUAAAAGUGACCAUGCUCCGUAAACCUAGUAUUAAGAUAGAAUACAAUUGGUUUAAAUUUCUCAGUGCAACUCCUGUUUAAUAUAAAAUUUCUAAAUGCAAAUCCUGUUUAGUAUAAGAUUUGUAAUGAACAGACCUACCAAAUAUCAGUUUUGGACUUGUUUUCUUUUAGUAAAAUGCAAAAUGACAAGUA